AUACAGACUUUUAAAAGUGACAUGGAAAGAGGUUCAGACUCAGGUCCUCUCAGUAUCCAUGCCACCUGGGUCCAGAUGGAAUCCUCUACAGCCUUUGAGAAUACCACCUUUUAUGAUUAUGAUGAUGAUAGGAGUUCUCUGUGUGAGAAUGCCAUUCACUUUGCCGAAUUCUCCAUAGUUCUCCUGUACUCUCUGGUAUUUCUCCUCAGCCUGGUGGGCAACAGCCUGGUUUUGUGGGUCUUGGUGAAGUAUGAGAAUCUAGAGUCACUCACCAAUAUCUUCAUCCUUAACCUGUGUCUCUCAGACCUGAUGUUUUCCUGCCUGCUGCCUGUGUGGAUCUCAGAACAACUUUGGGGUUUGUGGCUAGGUGACUUCCUCUGCAAGCUCCUCAACCUGAUCUUCAACAUCAGCCUCUACAGCAGCAUAUUCAUCCUCACCAUCAUGACCAUCCACCGCUACCUGUCUGUAGUGAGCCCCAUCUCUACUCUGGGUAUCCAUACCAUCCGCUGCCGUAUGCUGGUGAUCACCUCUGUGUGGGCAGCCAGCAUCCUGUCCUCCAUCCCUGAAGCUAUCUCCCGCAAAGAUAUUUCCAAAUCAUGUCAGUAUUCUGAACUUAAUGGGUUCGUGGCCUCAGUCUACCAGCACAACAUCAUCUUCCUCCUUUCCAUGGGUAUCAUCCUGUUCUGUUAUAUACAGAUUCUCAGAACCUUGUUUCGCUCAAGGUCCAGACAGAGGCACCGGACAGUCAGGCUCAUCUUCACCAUUGUAGUAGCAUACUUCCUCAGCUGGGCUCCCUACAACCUCAUCCUCUUUCUGCAGACACUCCUGAAAACUAAAGUCAUCCAGGAGAACUGUGAGAUCAGCCAGCAGCUGGUCAUUGCUAUUCCCAUCUGUCGCAGCUUGGCCUUCUCCCACUGCUGCUUCAACCCAGUGCUUUAUGUCUUUGUUGGGGUCAAGUUCCGAAGCCACCUAAAAAGUCUUCUCCAGCAGGUAUGGUUGUGCCAGCAGAAGACACCCAGCCUUGUCCCAUCCCCUUAUUCCCCUGGUAUCUUUACAUAUGAGGGCCCGUCUUUCUACUGAGAGGAGAGAAUGGACACAUGGAGGUGACUAUGGAAGUUGGAGGAAGGCAAGGAAAAGUGGCUCAGGAACAAGAACUGCAGAAAACACAACAGUGGAGAUGCCAGGGGCAUGGAGGAAAGACAUGACACCUGUGAGAAAGUGGCUUCUAGCUGGGCAAUGAAAAGCAACACUUCCUGGACGUGGUUCAUCAUUCAUUCCCUUACUUAGACAUAGAUUGCAUAUCAGUGAUUGGUUAGAAGAUCCUAAAUGGAAGAAUUUCCAGACUUUGGGAGGGCUUGGAGUUCAAAGUAUGUGCAAAUUGUGCAAUGAGGUUACUGGCACAUAGGGUUGUCCUAAAUGAUUUUUUUUUCUUUUUGGUUGUGGCUGAUUCUGUGCUUCUUAGCAGCUACUGAAGAAAACUUUGGGACAAGAAUAAUCAUAUCCUCAAAUAAGAACAGUC